UUAAGAGGAAACAUGACAUCCUCCUCUUCACGUGAUAAAGUCUUUCAUCAAGAGAUCCAUUUGCUAGCAGGCAUCUACCAUUCUCACAGCAUCAUGACUGAAGAAACCCAGAAAAUGUCCUACCAGAUCAUUGGGAUGAUUCUAGUCUGUCUGCAGAUGACUGCUUCACAGGAAGGGAUGUGGAUCCAACAGAGCCCGGCCCAGAUUGUAUUGGCCCCUGGAAAUACUGCACGGAUAGACUGUAAGCUCUCAACCGGGAGUGCUUAUGUAUAUUGGUACAAAGAGCUUCAGAAUGGAAGCCUGCAUGGGAUUUUCCAGAGUUAUAAGAAUGCACCUUCAGAUGGAAAAUACUCGAGUGAGGUGAAUGAGGCAUCGGACACGUUUUCUCUGAUUAUCACAGAUGCACAAAGAAACGACUCCGGGGUGUAUUACUGUGGCCUAGCUGCUUAUGCAUAUGCGAACUUCGGGAGUGGGACCCGACUAAUUGUCACAGAUGCCUCUGAACCAAGACUUUCCGUCCUGGUGCCCUCCACCCAGGAGGAUGCUGAACCACCCCAGGACGUGCCCCUGCUCUGCCUGCUCUCGGAUUCCACUCCUGCCUGGAGCAACGUUCUCUGGGACACAGGGGAAGGGGCAUUGGAGGGCCAGGCAGAUUCUGGAGCCAUAGACGGGGAUGGGAUCUACAGCGUCUGGAGCCUAACGACAAUCCCAUAUGAGACAUGGAAUCAGGAGACAAUCUGGACUUUGACAGUCAAAGACAACAGCACGGGGAGAAACUUCAGUGUUACCAUUGCCAAGCAAACAGAUGAGCCUGGAAAAGAAUACUGCGAUUAUGUGUUAUAUUUUGGCCUGCUUUGUAUUUUCAUCCUUGUCAUCAUCCAGCUGAUGGUCCUGCUCUUCAGGAAGCGUCUCACCAGAGGGGUAGCUGUGAAAAAAGGGAACCAAAUACCCAUGAGGCAGAUUCCACAG